AUGGGAUUCCAGGAGGCGGGGCUUCACAUUUACCACAAUUACCCCACUGUCCCCACUGUCCCCAUUACCCCCACUAUCCCCACUAUCCCCACUUCCCCCACUGUCUCCACUACCCCCACUGUCCCCACCACCCCCACUGUCCCUACUGUCCCCAUUACCCCCACUGUCCCCACUACCCCCACUCUCUCCACUACCCCCACUGUCCCCAUUACCCCCACUGUCCCCACUACCCCCACUGUCCCUACUGUCCCCAUUACCCCCACUGUCCCCACUACCCCCACUGUCCCCACUUCCCCCACUGUCCCCACCACCCCCACUGUCCCCACCACCCCCACUGUCCCCAUUACCCCCACUGUCCCCAUUACUCCCACUGUCCCCACCACCCCACUGUCCCUACUGUCCCCAUUACCCCCACUGUCCCCCACCGUCUCCAUUACCCCCACUGUCCCCACUGUCCCCAUUACCCCCACUGUCCCCACUACCCCCACUAUCCCCACUACCCCCACUGUCCCCACCACCCCCACUGUCCCCACUGUCCCCAUUACCCCCACUGUCUCCAUUACUCCCACUGUCCCCACCACCCCACUGUCCCUACUGUCCCCAUUACCCCCACUGUCCCCCACCGUCUCCAUUACCCCCACUGUCGCCACUGUCCCCACUACCCCCACUGUCCCCAUUACCCCCACUGUCCCCACCACCCCCACUGUCCCCACUGUCCCCAUUACCCCCACUACCCCCACUGUCCCCAUUACCCCCACUGUCCCCACCACCCCCACUGUCCCUACUGUCCCCACUACCCCCACUGUCCCCACUACCCCCACUGUCCCCAUUACCCCCACUAUCCCCACUGUCUCCACUACCCCCACUGUCCCCACUGUCCCCACUACCCCCACUGUCCCCAUUACCCCCACUGUCCCCACUGUCUCCAUUACCCCCACUGUCCCCACCACCCCACUGUCCCUACUGUCCCCAUUACCCCCACUGUCCCCAUUACCCCCACUGUCCCCACUAUCCCCACUGUCUCCACUACCCCCACUGUCCCCAUUACCCCCACUACCCCCACUGUCCCCACCACCCCCACUGUCCCCAUUACCCCCACUGUCCCCACUACCCCCACUGUCCCCACUACCCCCACUGUCCCCACUGUCCCCACUAUCUCCACUACCCCCACUGUCCCCAUUACCCCCACUGUCCCCACUGUCUCCAUUACCCCCACUGUCCCCACCACCCCACUGUCCCUACUGUCCCCAUUACCCCCACUAUCCCCAUUACCCCCACUGUCCCCACUAUCCCCACUGUCUCCACUACCCCCACUGUCCCCAUUACCCCCACUGUCCCCACCACCCCCACUGUCCCCACUGUCCCCAUUACCCCCACUGUCCCCACUAUCCCCACUUCCCCCACUGUCUCCACUACCCCCACUGUCCCCACUGUCCCCACUAUCUCCACUACCCCCACUGUCCCCAUUACCCCCACUGUCCCCACUGUCUCCAUUACCCCCACUGUCCCCACCACCCCACUGUCCCUACUGUCCCCAUUACCCCCACUGUCCCCACUACCCCCACUGUCCCCAUUACCCCCACUACCCCCACUGUCCCCAUUACCCCCACUGUCCCCACCACCCCCACUGUCCCCACUGUCCCCAUUACCCCCACUGUCCCCACUACCCCCACUGUCCCCAGUACCCCCACUGUCUCCAUUACCCCCACUGUCCCCACCACCCCCACUGUCCCUACUGUCCCCAUUACCCCCACUGUCCCCACUGUCCCCACUACCCCCACUGUCCCCAUUACCCCCACUGUCCCCACUGUCUCCACUACCCCCACUGUCUCCACUACCCCCACUGUCUCCAUUACCCCCACUGUCCCUACUGUCCCCAUUACCCCCACUGUCCCCAUUACCCCCACUGUCCCCACUGUCCCCAUUACCCCCACUGUCCCCACUAUCCCCACUGUCUCCACUACCCCCACUGUCCCCAUUACCCCCACUGUCUCCAUUACUCCCACUGUCCCCACCACCCCACUGUCCCUACUGUCCCCAUUACCCCCACUGUCUCCAUUACUCCCACUGUCCCCACCACCCCACUGUCCCUACUGUCCCCAUUACCCCCACUGUCCCCACUACCCCCACUGUCCCCAUUACCCCCACUGUCCCUACUGUCCCCAUUACCCCCACUGUCCCCACUGUCCCCAUUACCCCCACUGUCCCCACCACCCCCAUUACCCCCACUGUCUCCACUGUCCCCACUACCCCCACUGUCCCCAUUACCCCCACUGUGUAUAUCAUGUCCCUGGCUGGUGUUAA